AUUGAUUAAACAUUUGCAAGUCUCAAUUUUUUGUUUAGUCCUUGUGUGUCUUAAGACAGAUGAUUUUAUUGAUUUUUUUAGUCCUUAUUUCUUUUUUUUUUCCUCAAAAAAAAAAUACUAGUAUAAUGGAAAAAUGUAAAAGGGGAAAAAAUGGAAAAACAAAAAAAGAGCUUGACCAAGUAGAAGAGCAGGCAGUUGAAAGAGAGGCGGAGCAGCUCUCCAAUUAAACCGGUCUUUUCUGUUAGGCAAAUCUUCUCUCUUCCAUUCCUUCCACUGAAGAAAUUUCUGAGGGAAAAAAUACAUUGGAUUAAGGGCUAAAAGUUUCACCGGAGGUCAAGCUUCUUUUUGGUAAUGGACAAAAAAGAGAGGGCAAAGGAGAGAAGAGAAAAGCGGCGCCAAGAAAUUUCUCUUGCCCGCACUAUUCCUUAUUCCGAUCACCAAAGGUGGUGGUCUGCUGAUACAGUUGCCGUGGUAACUGGUGCUAAUAGAGGAAUUGGUUUUGAGAUCGCACACCAACUUGCGUUGCACGAACUAACAGUUGUUCUUACUUCGCGAGAGACUGGUGUUGGUGAAGAAGCUGCAAAGGUCUUGCAAGAAGGGGGAUUGAAUGUUCUGUUCCAUCAGUUGGAUAUAGUUGAUCCUACAUCUAUUGAAACAUUUACCGAAUGGAUAAAAGAGAAAUUUGGAGGAAUAGAUGUACUGGUAAACAAUGCAGGGAUUAAUUACAACAUUGGGUCAGAAAACACUUUGGAAUUUGCUGAAAAUGUUAUUCAGACCAAUUACUUUGGGACCAAAAACAUGAUCAAAGCCAUGAUUCCAUUGAUGAGGUCUACUGCUGCAGGAGCACGCAUUGUAAACGUGACUUCACGUUUGGGAAGAUUAAAUGGACGACGGAAUAGAAUUGGCGAUCUAAGUUUGAGAGCACAACUGGAGGAUGUGGACUCACUGUCCGAGGAGUUAAUUGAUGGGGCCAUGAACUCGUUUCUGCAACAAGUGAAAGAUGGCACUUGGGAGUCCGGUGGAUGGCCCCAGGUGUUCACUGACUACUCACUGUCAAAACUUGCAGUCAAUGCUUAUACAAGACUGAUGGCAAGGACAUUUUCUGAUCGCUCUGAUGGGGAGAAAAUUUAUAUCAACUGCUACUGCCCUGGAUGGGUUAAAACUGCUAUGACUGGUUGGGCUGGUCAUACUUCUCCUGAGGAAGGGGCCGAUACAGCAGUCUGGCUCGCGCUGCUGCCAGAGUUGUCAAUAAGUGGCAAAUUCUUCGCCGAGAGGCGUGAAAUAAAUUUCUAAUCCCAGAAUUGAAGAUGGUUUUGGAUUUUGAAAAACACUUACCAAUAUCACACUGAACAGGGCGACAGAGACGAAUGUGUGCUGCCAUGUAGUCAAUCCCAUAGUUUCCAUACUGCAACCAAGCUACCUGUCGCCAUGGAGUGUCAUAUUCAUACCAUUUUUUUUUUUUAAAAGAGUAUACUUGCUUGACUUAGGGUGCCACUUUAACGAUGGCCGAGGUGGUAAUAAAAAAUGGCCGAUAGUUUUGUAACUUGUAGUGUGUUAUGUUCUGCAUUUUCUUCUGUCAUUGGUUAAUGUUUAGUUUAGAAAACAAGAAGCUUGACGGGCGAAUGCAAUAGCUUAUUCUUAAGUUUCUUUUCCAUAUUCCAGUGGCAUGCAUUUACUUUUCAAUUUUCAUGUCUAUGAAACUCUGCCUAGAUCUUCAUCCAAGAUCAUGUGCAUAACGUAUCAAUAUCAUCCUUUGUAGUAG